AUGUGCUCCGCAGCUUGGCUUACAUUUAAUUUUUAUGCUGAAACUGUCGGAUUUAUUCUAUCCGUGAUCCUCAACGUAAUCCUUUUAACCUUGAUUAAAGGAAUGCCAAAUAAAGUUUUCGGAAAUUACAAGUACUUGAUGUUUUCAUUUUCAGCCCUAGGGGUUGUGUAUUCUUGCAUUGAUUUUAUUGUGAAGCCCAACUCUCAUAUAACCGAGCGAUCUUUUGUGAUUUUCAGUGUUUUGAGAGUAACAAAACUGUCAAAGCCUGUGGCCGAGGUUGGCCUGUCUCUAAUGUGUGCAUCCUUUGGAAUUUUAUUGGCUUUACUCACCAUUCACUUUUACUAUCGAUAUAUCUGUGUUGCGUGUCCCAAAAAGUUAUUGAGGUUUUCACUAAGAAACUGUUUUCUUUGGAUUCUCCUUGUCUUAUCAAAUUUUUCUAUCUGGUUUUAUUGCUGCUAUAUUUGGAAUGGUUCAAAUGAUAUAAAAAAUGAAAUAGUUAUCCCCGAAUUUCGAGAAGUCUAUUGUCUUGAGCCAAAUGAUUAUGCGUACACCGGAGCUCAAUAUUUCUAUGGAGACCUGUCAACUGGUACAUUGCACAUGUAUACUCCAUCGUUUGCCGCCGAAGGGACAACUGGCUCAAUAAUAGUACUAUGUCUGAUUCUAUUAACAUAUUUUGGAUAUCAAACCUACAAUCACCUCUACAAACUCGUACAACUUACUAGCCAUACAACUAUGGAACAUCAAAAUCAGCUUUUCCAAACUUUGGUCCUUCAAACUAUAAUACCAGCUAUCUUUAUGUACUUCCCAGCUUCAUGCAUGGUUUUAUUUCCACUUUUUCAACUCAAAAUCGGAGCAAUUGCCAAUUUGGUUAUGACGUCUGUGUCUAUAUAUCCAUGUUUUGAACCACUAGUUGCAAUGUACUGUAUCAAACGUUUUCGAAAACGGAUAAUUGGAGCUGUCUGUUGUGGUAAUCCAGUAAAGAAACAAGUACGGGUGCAGCCAAUGACGUGUUUAUAA